UGGAUCGUGAAGUUCAUCCAAGCUUUCUGUUGGCGUGGUAUUGUUGCACAUGCGAAUUGGACGCUAUUUAACUUCACACUGGCUAAUUUUUCCAGACGAAUCUGCAGCGUGUCUCGUGAAUGAAAGCCGAUGACCAAGUGCAUGUGACGGGCUGUAGUGUUUGAAGCUGCGCUCCGUAGCUUGGUCGGUCAGUCGGGGAUCUGUCAGCAGUGCGGAAGAGAGGGAGAGGGAGAGAGAGAGAGAGAGAGAGAGAGGGAGGGAUGGGGCAGAUAUAUGCCAUUAAACUGACUCACAAGAGACUGAAAUGAUGCAGAGAUUCCGCCGCGAAAUAAAACCCGAGCAUCACUGAAGAUAAUCAGACAGAGAAAGACGCGUGCUCGGAUGGAGCUGUGACCAGUAGCAGCAGCAGCAGCGGUGGUGACAUUGAUGAAGCCCGCUGUCACUCAUCAGACGCACGCAGAGGAACAUCUGUGACAGCGCGAUUUUGGAAGUGAAACUUUUUAAAAGACAGGUUGAUCCGAGCGUCGUCGGCUCGAGCCAAAAUCGAAAGCAACUUCACAAAUUGCAGACGCUGCGAUCGGGAGCUUGUUGAACAAAAGACACGCGACCAAGUUGACAGGUCCCUUUCUGCUUCAGAGAGACUAGUGGAGGAAACAUCGAAUGCUGCAAGACUGAGCUUCCUGUAACUGCAAACCGGCGCUGAAGGUAAAACAAUUAAUGAGAAGCCCUCGUCCUGUAUGGUGAUGGCAAUGAGCAGUGGUCCUGGUGGCAUGAGGGUGGAGCGUGACCCAGACUCCUCCCAGACUGCUGAGAUGACAGGCAGGAUGUCCGCCAUGUCCCUGGGGCACAACAGCUCCUCCAGUGUGCUGAAGAACGGGAUGGGUGUCAAGAAAGCUCAGCCCAAGAGGCCAUACCUGUCUGGCAGGAAGAUGUCACUUCAGGAGAGAGGCAUGCACAUGUCCUCUCGAAUAGCCAGACAGCCGACCAUCGAAUCCAAACGAGUGUCCAUCUCAGACUCGCAGGACUGUAUCCAGCUUAAUCAGUACAAGUUAAAGAGUGAGAUUGGGAAGGGCUCAUAUGGUGUUGUCAAGUUGGCAUACAAUGAAGAUGAUGACAAAUAUUACGCGAUGAAAGUGGUAUCUAAGAAGAAGCUGAUGAAGCAGUUUGGAUUUCCCAGACGUCCUCCUCCCAGAGGUCCUAAAGCUGAGCAGCCUAAACUGCUUGAUCCUCUGGAAAGAGUUUACCAUGAGAUUGCCAUCCUGAAAAAACUGGACCAUCUCAACAUAGUUAAACUGGUUGAGGUACUGGAUGACCCAGCAGAGGACAACCUUCAUAUGGUGUUUGAGCUGAUGCAGAAAGGGCCUGUGAUGGAGGUCCCGAGUGACAGUCCCUUCACCGAGGACCAAGCCCGCCAUUACUUCAGAGACAUUGUCCUGGGCAUCGAGUACUUGCACUAUCAGAGGAUUGUUCACAGGGAUAUCAAACCGUCUAAUUUAUUGCUUGGAGAUGAUGGCCAUGUCAAGAUUGCUGAUUUUGGGGUCAGUAACCAGUUUGAGGGGAAUGAUGCCUGGCUCUCCAGCACUGCAGGGACUCCUGCGUUCAUGGCUCCAGAGACGCUGUCACACAACCGGCAGAUCUUCGGUGGAAAGGCUCUGGACGUGUGGGCAAUGGGAGUGACCCUCUACUGUUUUGUCUAUGGGAAGUGCCCAUUUAUUGAUGAUUACAUACUGGUUCUUCACAAAAAGAUCAAGAGUAAAGAGGUGGAGUUCCCCGACACGCCGACUGUCAGUGAGGGGCUGAAGAGCCUGGUCUCACGAAUGCUGGACAAAAACCCAGACAACAGGAUCACCAUUCCUGAGAUCAAAGUUGACCCGUGGGUGACUCAGGAUGGCACAGACCCUUUGCCUUUAGAAGAAGAUCACUGCACUGCGGUUGAGGUUACUGAAGAGGAGGUGCAGAACUCCGUCAAGUUUGUCCCCAGUCUGUCUGCUGUGAUACUGGUCAAAGCCAUGUUAAGGAAGCGUUCAUUUGGGAAUCCCUUCGAGUGUCCCAGUAGGAGAGAAGAGAGAUCCAUGUCUGCACCCGGCAGUCUGCUCAUAAAGGGGAGCAGCGGAGAAGCUCCUAGAGAAGCCGAGCUGGAGGACUUGCAUGAGGAUGAACCACCCUCCUCUUGAGUGUCUCCAAAGAACCCGAAGCGCUUCUCAUUGUCUGUGCUUUUCCAUUCAGACACCUCCAGCCCUUCCAGCAGAUGAUGAUCACGACCCGAACCGCUUCACUUCUCUCCAUUUCUGUCAGCUCGAGGCUUAUCUUGACAUUGAACUAGAUUCUGCUGUCGCUUUCAUCGUUCUGGCUUUUUACUUUCGUCAGCCUUGCACAAGAAUCUUUUUCCUCGCUUUUUAAAUCCCUCCAUCAUGGUUCUGGUGAAACUUUAUCUUCACACAUCUUGGAUGUUCCACCUUUGUCCUCACAUCCUGGUUAACAAGUAGACUUCAGAAAGAAAACUACAUUGAAGCAGAGUUGUCUGAAAUAUAGACUACUACUUACUAAAGCAAAAGACUACAGCAUGAACAAAAACUGCUGAUAAUAACUGAUAUCAUGAUAUGCUGUCAUGGCGUUGGUGCAGUGUGCUGCCAUCAUAACAUUUGUAAAUGUGUAUAAAAUAAUGGAUAUAGUGUUUUGCCUUUUUGUACAUGUUUACGUGCAAUUCCUAAAGAUAUAGUUCACAGAAAUGAACAUUUACUCAGUAUUUACUCACUUUUUACUUGUUUUAAGCCCUUUAUUAGUGUCUUUUGUUAAAUACAAAAGAAAAUAUUUUAAGAAAACCUGUAACCACUGAUUCUUCCAGAGGAAAACCAAAUACUAUGGAAGUCAAUGGUUACCAGUUUCCAGCUUUCUUCUAAGUAUCUUCUUUUACAUUUAACGAUAGAAAGAAACUCAUAAAGGUUUUAAACAAUUAAACAAUAUGUAAAUGAUGACAGAAAUUUCAUUUUUGUGUGAACUAUCCCUUUAACCCUCUCUAUUAUAGCACGGCCUUUCCCCUAUUGUGGUGUUUUCAUAUCUCAAUUUUCUCGUUUCAUUCAGAUUCAGCAUAUAAACACUCACACAGUGCUGUGGUGUGAAUCAAAAGGGGCUUAUGUAACUACUAGACACUAAAAGAUGCUCUUGAUGUCUGCACAUUCAAUGAUUUCCAAAAAACGGGGCUUUUAUCUAGAAAUAGGGCUUAUUUUCCAUGUUUGUGAAUGUUACGGAUCCACACCGGAUGCAGGGCUCUCGUGUCGCAGCGCUUUGUCUCUCGACAGGAACAGAAUGUGUCAUUGUUUACCGAGUUUUCACAUUCCAAAAGGCCUAUUUGUCAGUCAGCAGUGCUAAACAGGCCCGCGAACGCACACGCAAACAUGCCACCGAGGCGAAACCAACGCGCGCGCUGUUGCGGAAAGAGAGGGAGUCAUUUUCACUCAAAACAGACACGCCAAUUGAGGAAAGGAUCUGAACGCUGUGUUUAGCUGUGAAGCGAAAGUGAACUGCCAUUCAGUGUCAUCCGCUCGGCCUGUAUUAACGCUGUCCAAAACAAUACGCCUUUGUUUACAUCAGAUCGUCUGCCAGAGGAACUCAUCAUCCUCUGUUUUUUUAUUUUUGAUCAACAUAUUGAAGUUACAAAGAGAUUUUAAGUGUUCCACAUUUGUAAAUUAACAUUAGCAAUGUUUAAUUUAGAUCAUUUAUAUGAAAUCAUUUUUUAUAGAACGUGUUAAAGUAUUAAAAGGACAGUUCAUUCACAUAGAAAUCACUGCUGUCAGCUUUCACACCUAAGAUAUAGGAACUCUGUUAUAGGGACUACAUUUACAUUCAUUCAUUUAGCAGACACUUUUAUCCAAAGCCAUUAAGAUAAAAAGAAUGAGGAUAAAAUACGCACAUAAUCUUUAGUUUAGUAUUUAAAAUAAAUUAAUAGUUAAUAUUCAUUUAAUAAUAAAUUAAAUAAUACAAUUAAAUAGCAGAGUUUGCAUGUUCUCCCGGUGUUGGUAUGGGUUUUCUCCGGGUGCCCCGGUUUCCCCCACAAGUCCAAAACAUGCAGUACAGGUGAAUUGGGAAGGCUAAAUUGUCCGUAGUGUAUGUGUGUGAAUGAUUUUCUAUGAUUGUUUCCCAGUGAUGAGUUGCAGCUGAAAGGGCAUCCGCUGUGUAAAGCUGGAUAAGUUGGCGGUUCAUUUUGCUGUGGCGAACCUAGAAUAAUAAAGGGACUAAGUUGAAAAGAAAAUGAAUGAAUGAAUACAUUUAAAUAAUAAAUAAUUAUGGUAACACUUUAUAAUAACUACACACUAUUUAUUAAGCAUUAGCAAAUAGUUCAUUAUCUGUUAAGUAUUAACUCUACAUUAGUAGACAGUA